AUGACGGUGCUUGAGCAGCCACAGGAUGAAGCAUCACAGCUCAUGGCGCUCCUGACAGAGCUCAGUCACCAGCUGAGCGCCAACCGACAGUACUGCGAUGUCCUCAAGCGACAGACAGACGAACUCAAGCUGCAGGCACUCCACACGGGCGCAGGCUUCACUCUCCGUCGGUUCAACCUCGACAUCUCCCAAGAGAAGUUCGAUAGCGACCUCGAGAAGCUCAAUGCCACGCUCGUGCUCGAGAAUCAGGCACUUCAACACGAUACGAGAGCACUGAGUAUGCUUUUGAGGGACUAUGAGACUUCGCUCGAUACCGUCAUGGCCAAGUUCAGGACGUAUGCUCAUGCUACUCAGCAGUACGAGCUCGAAGUCGCGCGACACUACGAGGCCUUACUCGCCGGCGCUGCGCCGCUGGGGGCUUUACCCAUACCGCCAAGCCAUCCCCUGUUCGGCCACGGCGCCAAUGGCAAUGCAAGCACCGCGACCGAAGCGUCACAGUCCGGCUCGAGUGAAUCGAGCAAGGCAGGAGAAAGCGAACGCGACUACGAUCACCAAGCCUUGCUACAGCCCAACAAUGCCCUCUUGCAAGAUCCCGUUGCACUCUCGCAUCAUCUCACGAGGCUGUCGGAACUCGUGCGAAAAGCUUUCAGAGCAAUCGAGGGCGAAGGCGGUGAAGAGGCUGCCUCGCCGCAAUCGUCUCACCUGUCUGCCUCGGGCUCAUCGAGUAGCCAGGGCACGAAUCACGAGGCAGCCCAUAGCGAUCCUACGAGCGGGGGCGGCUACCUGACGCUGCUCUCGGGUCUCAGAGGCAACAAAGACUUGGCACUCGAUAGAGAGAUCGAGCUGGAGCAACUCCGCCACGAAAAUGCGGAAUUGCGGCGACUGCUCAGUAUCUCCCAAGCUUCCGAAGCAGACGACGAGCUAAAUCCGAUGCUCAAUCCCGGACGACAAUGA